AUGGCAAAGAAGAAUAAGAAAGACAAAGAUGCCAAAAAGGCUCGUGCAGCAGAAAAGGCCAAGAAAAACCAGGUAAAAGCUGACCAAAAGGACAAAAAAAAGGCAAAGAAAUCUGGAUUUGAAGAUGACGAUGAUAUGGAUAUUGAAGAAGUUUUAGCUAAUUUCAAGAAGGAGCAAGAGCUUUUUGAGCAGAUUAAUAUCGAAUCAGUAGAACGUCCUUCACGUAGAAUCAAUCCUUGUAUGAUCGAAAACCCAAACCAUGGGAAAUCGGAAUUGAUUUUAUUUGGUGGUGAAUCUACAAAUAAAGAUACUUCAACAACUCAGUUCUUCAAUGACUUAUACUCUUAUACACCUGAGAAUGACCAAUGGAGAAGAUACACUUCUAAAAAUUCUCCAAUGCCAAGAUCCUCAGCGGCAAUGGCUGCACAUCCAAGUGGUGUAGCUUUGAUCCAUGGUGGUGAAUUUUCUUCACCAAAACAAAAUACUUUCUACCAUUACUCUGAUACUUGGUUAUUAGAUUGUUCUACUAAGGAAUGGACAAAAGUUGAGCAAAAGAAUGGACCUUCUGCUCGUUCUGGACACCGUAUUUCUAUUUGGAAGAAUUAUUUUAUGUUACACGGUGGUUUCAGAGAUCUAGGUACUUCCACUACCUAUUUGAAUGACUGUUGGUUGUUUGAUAUAACAAACUACAAAUGGAAACAGAUAGAAUUCCCACCUAAUCAUCCUAUUCCUGACGCAAGAUCAGGUCAUUCGUUCAUUCCUACUCAGGAAGGUGCAGUUCUAUGGGGUGGUUACUGUAAGGUUAAAGCUGGUAAAGGUCUGCAAAAGGGUAAGAUUUUAACUGAUUGCUGGUAUUUGAAGAUGAAAGCAGACCCAACAGCUAUAAGAUGGGAAAGAAGAAAGAAACAAGGUUUCCAACCAUCUCCAAGAGUUGGUUGUUCAAUGGUUCAUCAUAAGGGUAGAGGUAUCCUUUUCGGCGGUGUUUACGAUUUUGAAGAGACUGAAGAAAGUUUGGACUCCAUGUUUUACAACGAUUUAUUUAGUUACCAGAUUGAAAUAAAUAGAUGGUUUGCAUUACAAUUGAGACCUCAGAGAAAAAAGGUUGUAAGAUUGAAUAAUAAGAGUUCCAAAGAUAAAGAAAAAGAAUUACAAGAUUUGUUGAAUCAAAUUUUAGAGAAAGCCAAUUUGAAUGACAAGGAUGAUAAAGAUCAAGAAGAUGAAGAUGCUAAAGCUAUUGAAACUGAAUUGGAUAGAGCCGACCAUGAUACUUCCGAUUCAGAUGCUGAUGAUGUUGAAGAUGCCAAAGAAAAGAAAGAGUACAAGGUUCUAACUCAAUUACCACAUCCUAGAUUUAACGCAACUAUGACAGUUGUAAACGAUACCUUAUUUAUAUACGGUGGUGUUUGGGAACUUGGUGAAAAAGACUAUACUAUCGACUCCUUCUAUAGUAUAGAUUUGAAUAGAACUGAUGGUGUCACAGUCUUAUGGGAAGAUUUAUCAGAAAUCGAAGCUGCUAAAGAAGCUGGUAUUGUGGAUUCUGAUGAGGAAGAUGAUGAAUUUGGCGAUUCUGAUGACGAGGAUGAUGGAGAAGAAGAGAUAAUGGAUCAAAAACUUGUUGCAGAGGAAGAAGAGGAAGAAGAAGAAGAGGAGGAGGAAGAGCAAGUUGACGAAAUGGAAAUUCCAGAUCCUUGUCCUUGGUUACCUCAUCCUAAACCAUUCGAAUCUCUACGUGUAUUCUAUGUUCGCACAGGUGCUACUUUCUUAGAAUGGGCAAUUUCUAACAAUAGAGAUGCAAGAGGUAAGCAUUUAAAGAAAAAAUCCUUUGAUUUAUGCCAAGAUCGUUGGUGGCAAAGACGUGAUCAAGUACGUAUCGAAGAAGAUAAGAUGGAAGAGUUGGGUGGUAUUGGUGAAGUUAUUGAAAAAGAUACAUCCAAAUCGACCAAAAGAAGAUAG